AUGCAGGCGCGGCUACUCUUGCUGGUGCUUUGUUGCGCCAGCGCAGCACAUACGGCUCGUAUACUAGCCGUCUUACCCACUAACACCAAGAGCCACUAUGCCAUGUACGGGAGGAUAAUAGACGCUCUCGUCUCCAGACAACACCAGUUGACUGUCAUCUCACACUUUCCUAGGAGAGACCCACCAAUAAAUUUAGAAGAAAUAAGCUUAGCAGGAACCAUCCCGGAAAUAGCAAAUAAUUUGACGAGGCAACAAAGCACUUUUAAACCAGACUUUGUAAGAAAUUUAGAACAAAUCAUUAAGGAAUGCCUUCAAGCCUGUGAAGUUGUAUCUCGAAUGCCCUCAGUCAGAGCAUUGCUGAACUCUACAGCCCACUUCGAUUUAAUAAUAGUUGAAGUAUUUGGGUCUGAAUGUUUUCUCCCGUUGGGAAGAAGGUUUAAUGCACCAGUAGUUGGUCUACUGUCUAGCGUAGUUUUGCCAUGGGUCAAUGACCAAAUAGCUAACCCAGAAGCACCAUCGUACAUUCCAUCGUACGUGACCAGUUAUGGACAAAGAAUGAACUUGUGGGAUCGGUUCUUAAACACUUUUGCAAUCAUUUGGGCUAAGGCAAUUUAUCGAUACAAGUCACAGGUGCCUUCGCAGGUGAUAGCUGAUAUGUUGUUUGGACCUGGGGACAACUUGGAGUUAUUGGCACAAAACUACAGUUUAAUUCUUGCAAACAGCCACUUCAGUAUUAACGAAGUUCGACCCCUAGUGCCCGCAUUAGUAGAAGUUGGUGGGCUCCAUCUAAAUGACGCAAUUAAAAUGCCAAAGGAUCUAAAACGGAUUUUAGAUAAUGCUAAUGAAGGAGUGGUUUAUUGGAGCUUCGGGUCUAUGUCGAGAAUAGAGACCAUACCACAUGAGAAACUCGUUCAAAUAUUCGCUGCAAUGUCUGAAUUGCCACAACUAUUUUUAGUAAAAAUGAAUCGGGCCAUGUUAUCCAAUAAUGUAACAGUACCAGAGAACGUAUAUGCUAUGGAUUGGAUACCACAAUAUAAAACUUUGUGUCACCCAAAUGUUAAGAUCUUUAUAUCCCAUGGUGGAUUGUUGGGGACCCAGGAGGCAGUGGCUUGCGGAGUGCCAAUGCUCGUUGUACCUUUGUAUGCAGACCAAGCAUUAAACGCCCGCGCAAUGAACGAUCGCGGUCUCUCCCUUACGUUAACCCUACCAGAUAUUACGAAGGAUUCCAUUAAGAAUGCUUUACACAAUUUACUCUCAAAUUACCGUUACAAAGAAAAUGCGCUACGACUGAAAGAUAUAUUUCUAGAUCGACCAAUGCCCCCAUUAGAGACAAGUGUGUACUGGAUUGAGUAUAUUUUGAGGCAUCAGGGGGGGGCUCACCUUCGAUCACCAGCCCUCGAAUUAUCUUUCACACAAUACCUUCUAUUAGAUGUACUUACUAUUAGCAUAGCUUUAACAGCAAUGACAAUUUAUAUAUUAUAUAAACUUUUUCGCUACCUUUGCACAAGAUGUAUUCGGUGGUGGCCAAAGCAGGUCAUAGCCCAAAAAAGACUUUUAAGAAAAAGUAUGACAGUGUUCCACUGUUUUCUUUGGGUUUAUAAAAUAAAAACUAAUUAA